AUGCCAAUAUCUGAAUACAAAAUAUGUAUUUUUGGCUCUGGUGGUGUAGGAAAAUCAUGUUUGACGAUGCAAUUCGUUCAAGGUAUUUUUAUGCCAAAAUAUGAUCCAACAAUUGAAGAUGUCUAUAAAAAAACAGUUGAAAUAGAUGAAAAACAAUAUUCAUUAGAAAUACUCGAUACAGCAGGAACUGAAGAGUUUUCUGCUAUGAGAGAUUUAUAUGUUAAAAAUGGACAAGGUUUUGUUCUUGUCUAUUCAAUAACAUCUCAAGCAACAUUUAAUGAUCUUCAAGGAUAUUAUGAUCGAAUAAUGCGUGUUAAAGAUACAGAAAUUAAUGGUUUACCACCAAUUAUACUUGUAGGAAAUAAAAGUGAUUUAGAAGAUGAACGAGUUGUUGGUCGUGAAGUUGGUCAAGCAUUAGCAAGAAAAUGGAAAUGUACUUUUCUUGAAACAUCUGCUAAAGAUCAUGCAAAUGUUAAUCAAGUCUUUUUUGAUCUUGUUCGACAAAUCAAUCGAUUACCAAAUGUUGUUUUAAAUCGUUCACAAUCAGGACGUUCUUCAAUUGAAAAUGUUCCUAAUACAAUGCGACCAACAAGCACUAUAGAAUCGAAACAUAAAUCACAUUUCCAUAAACAUUUUCAAAACCGCCGAAGAGACGGAUGUGUUCUUUUCUAA